GAGCCCAGCCACGGCAGUACUUCUUUCCUGUUCUUCCACGAGCCGGGCAGGCACCUCUCCUAGUUGAUCUCCCUCCGACCCUCUUCUCCAGCCAAUAAGAACUAAUCCCACCCAUAAUGGGGCUAUUGCUAGGGCAGCUGCUCUACUCUCUGACUGGCCAAUACAUGAUCUACAUGGAGUCUGGGGGGCGGGAGUGUGACAGCUAUUCCCUAACUUUCCCAAUCUGGGGUGUUUUGUUUCUUUUCGUUUGGGGGUGGGCUGGGGGAGAAUGUCCGGAAGACAGUCUCUUAAGGGGAUGGAACAAGAAGACUUUUCAGGUGUGAGACUCUGAGAUUUCGGGUCAGUGGGAAUUUAUGUCCCGGAAGCAGCAAGCUUCUCCGAGAUAAUACCAUAUACUUCAAGAAUAAGGAAUGGGGCUUGGAUUGGGGUGAGGGUGGGGGGUAGAGGUGGGUACAAUCUGGGCCACCCCCUGCAGUAUAAGAUAACACCACUAGAGGGCAGUAUACCCAAAGAUUUGGAUAGGGUGGGAGGCCAGGUGCCCAGCCCAGGCCACAUGAGUUUGUGCAAAGUUUCCUAAAUUGUGAACAUAAUCGGUGCAGGACAGGCUCUCAGUUACAAUCCCUGCAAAGGGGACGCUGUUUGUUGAAGUGAAUAGCAUGACUUCCUGCCCCUAACUGACUGUCACUUUGGCAAGGGGCUGGCCUUUCUUCCAAGAAUUGGAGGAGGUUGAAGUCAGAUGUUGCGCUGGCCACGUUGAAGCCCUCCUUGUGGGCACCUCCUUUGGAGACAUUCCUUCAUCGAAUGCAAAAGUGUGUCUUCAGCAUAUGCCCUUUACCAAAUGACCGAGAGUGCCUUCUGUGAUUCUGAACUUUGAACCCAGAGCCGUUUUAGCUGACCAUGCAAUGUCCUGGCGUUUCCUGGCAAUGUCAUUUCUCCGCUGACCGGUGCAGCUCUAACACUUCCCGCCCCGUCUCUGUUGAAGCAUGCUCAUUUCACAUGUGGAGAAACCGAGGCAGGUCAAUGCCCAGUGAUUGCCUUUCUUCCUCUGGAUCCCGCAGUUAGAGAGGGGUCAGAGGUUCUGACCCCCCCCAGAAGGGAGGGGAGGCAAAUGGCUGGGGCUACGUGCUUCUUGCUUCCUUCUCAAGGACCCCCCACCCACACCCCAAGCUGAGGCAGCCCCAGAGCAGUGAAGGCCUUCUCCUCCGACCGGAUCGGGAGGGGAAGGGUCUGCAGGCAGGGGCAUUGGAAGCUGGGUCACCUUCAGUUCUCGACUUCGAGGCGGAGAAGCCUGACUCUGGUGGGGGGUUCCUUCCCACUGUGCUUCCUACACAUGCCCAUCCGACCCACAAUCUGCAGCAGCUGCGGGGCGAAGGGAAUGGACCCGGGGGGCCUGGGUACUAGACCCGACGUGGCUGGAUUCGUAAGGGGCUUAGUGACCCUAAGGGGGUGGUGACCGGCCCUGGAAGUCAGGGAGGGGACGACAGGCCAAGACUCUCCGGCCGGCAGCCUGAGGGAGGAAGCCGAGCGGAGGCAGGGUUUGGGGUCGUCGUCUGAGGGGCUCGCUUUCCAUCAGGAAGAGAACUCGGGAUGGACUGGACAGACCAGGCGCGCGGGCGGGGUGAGGGAGGCCCCGCCCCUUAGAGCGAGGGCGCGAGGACGGACGCCCUGCCCCCUCCCUUCUUGCGGAGCCUAGCCCCACCCCCGGCCCAACUUUGCCCCGCCCUGCCCGGAGCCGGGCCACGUGCGCUUGUUUCCUAGGCCGGGGCGCUCACGUGACCCGAGUCAGCUGACCCGUCAUGGCUGGUACCCGCGCUUAAUGGGUUCUGCCGCCCCAAGCGUCCAGCUGAGUGGUCCCUGAGCCACGGAUCGUGUUGUCUUCUUCUUCUGACAUGGAGGGGCUGCUUCAGAGUGUGGAGAGGGACCUGAGCAUUGACUCCCGACAGCUGGCAUUGGCUUCUGCAGGUACCUAUGUGGUAGCCCUGGUGCCCGUGCGGUGGCUGGCAAGUCUCCGGGAAAGGAAGCUGCCUCCUGGGCCCUGUCCCCGAACUGAGGGGUUGAGUGAAGCUGAAACAAGAACCCUCCUUCAGCGCUCAGUACAGAGACUGCCUGCUGGCUGGGCGCGUGUGGAAAUACAUGGGCUGCGGAAGCGGAAGCUGACCUAUCCCCUGGCUCUGGGCUCCAGCCUACUGUCCGAAGAGCACUCUGGGGUCCCUGAGACCUUGACCAGAUUUAUGCGGGAUACUGCUGCCCAGAACUAUCGCAACCUGUGGCAUGGUGCCUACCGUGCCCAUGGGCGGCCAUACGACCAUGGCACUGCUCCACCCGACGGUUCUGCCCUCAGUGCUGUGAAGCAGGCCUUGCAGAAAGUUUAUGGCUGCCCAUUCCUUCCAGUGGGCAAGGGCGCCCAGUGCCCAUCUCCUGCGAGGGAGGGCCCUUCAGCUCCUAGGGCUGCGACAGUCUGCCCCAGUCUCUUACGGGCUGAAGCGCUGUUAGAAUCCCCAGACUUGUUGUAUGUUGUAUACCCGCAUGUGCAGUACUGUCUUCAUGAUGUGGUCACUUUCAGUCCAGCCAAGCUCAGUAACAGCCAUGCCAAAGUGCUCUUCAUCCUUUUCCGUGUGCUACAGGCUAUGGAUGCCUGUCAUCGACAAGGCCUGGCUUGUGGGGCCCUCUCCCUGUGCCAUGUUGCCGUGGAUGAGAAGCUGUGCAGCCAGCUCCGGCCGGACUUGAGUGCUUAUGAAGCCCCUGAGGAAGAGGAGGAAAAGAAGCCUGUGAAGAACAUAAUGGAGGCUAAGCCUCUAAGUGUCCCUGAGCCCAGGAAGGGAGAAGGGCCCAGGGACCCUAUUGGCCAGGAAGGGCUGAGGAGGCUGGUAUUAGACUGGGUCCAUGGCCGAGUCAGUAACUUCCACUAUCUCAUGCAGCUGAAUUGGCUGGCGGGGCGCCGAUGGGGAGACCCCAACUACCACCCUGUGCUGCCCUGGGUGGUCGACUUUACCACCCAGAAUGGACGCUUCCGGGAUCUGCGAAAGUCCAAAUUCCGGCUCAACAAAGGGGACAAACAGCUGGAUUUCACGUAUGAGAUGACCCGGCAGGCGUUCGUGGCUAGUGGUGGUGGUAGUGGUGGAGAACCACCCCAUGUGCCACACCACAUCUCAGAUGUGCUGUCUGACAUCACCUAUUACGUGUACACAGCACGGCGUACUCCCCGGGCCGUGCUCUGUGGCCACGUGAGGGCCCAGUGGGAACCCCACGAGUACCCGGCCAGCAUGGAACGCAUGCAGAGCUGGACACCUGAUGAAUGCAUCCCUGAAUUCUAUACUGAUCCCACCAUCUUCCGCUCCAUCCACCCGGAUAUGCCAGAUCUGGAUGUGCCAGCCUGGUGUAGCUCAGGCGAGGAGUUUGUGGAGGCCCAUCGGGCGUUGCUGGAAAGCCGAGAAGUGUCCCAGGACCUUCAUCACUGGAUUGACCUCACCUUUGGCUACAAGUUGCAAGGCAAGGAGGCAGUGAAGGAGAAGAAUGUGUGCUUGCACCUUGUGGAUAGCCACACCCAUCUGACCAGUUAUGGUGUGGUACAGCUCUUUGACCAGCCCCAUCCCCAGCGCCUGGUAGGACCCCCAGCCCUGGCCCCUGAGCCACCGGUCAUCCCCAGGCCUCUCAUCCAGAUAGUCCGAGAGACUGCUGGUCGAGAAGACAUCCCAGGGCAGCUGGCUGAUGGGACUGAUGGUUUGGUCUUGGAGGCUACACCCUGCGAGGCUGCCUGGGAUGGGGACAGACCUCUUGGGGGUGAUGAUGACUUGGAACAGGGGACAGAGGCCUUGGAUUCCAUCUCUCUAGCUGGCAAAACUGCUGAUCAGCCUUGCCCUUCUUCCUUGCAGGCCUCUGGCCACCCUUUCUCAUCAGCCUCAACGGCACGACUGGGCCGAAGAAACAAGGCUGGUGGAGUAGACGUUGGGGAAGGGGACGACGGGAGAAUCAUCCUUCCUGAGGGCUUUGAUCCCCUGCAAGCCCUGGAGGAGCUGGAGAAGUUUGGCAACUUUCUGGCCAGAGGCCUUCGUGGCAGAAUGGAGGCACCAGAUGGUCCCCUGGCCACACUGGCCCUGAAGCUUGCUGAUUUCUUCCAGAGGGACAUGCAGGCCCUGGGGGUCCUCGUGGCUGAGAUUGUGUUUGCAGCUAGGGUACGGAUGCUGCGGCCUGAGGCGCCCUUAAGGGAACGCUUCCUGACUGUCCGUGGGCUCUGUUCCCGCUACCCCAAGGAGAUCCCCAUCCCCUUGCAGCCUGUUUUGGAGACCCUGCUGCAGCUGAGUGAGCCUUUGGAGCCCCCGAUGACUGGGAGGCUCUUUGCGUAUAAGCCCAUCUCCUGGGGCCUGCCCCCACCCAGUCCCGCUCAGCUCCUUAGCCCGUAUAGCUCAGUCGUAACCUUUCCUUCCUACUUCCCGUCACUUUACAAGUUUAUUCUCCUGUACCAGACAAGGAGAGUAGAGGACGAGGCCCAGGGGCGCGAGCUGGUGUUUCGGCUGUGGCAGCAGGCGGAGGGGACCCUGCGGGAGAUCACUCCUGAAGGCCUGGAAAUCCUCCUUCCCUUUGUGCUGUCCUUGAUGUCAGAGGCCCACACAGCUGUGUACGCGGCCUGGUACCUGUUUGAGCCCAUUGCCAGGGCCCUGGGCCCCAAGAAUGCCAACAAAUACUUGCUGAAGCCCCUGGUCAGGGCCUACGAGAACCCCUGCCAGCUGCAUGGCCGUUUCUAUCUGUACACUGACUGCUUUGUGGCCCAGCUGAUGGUCCGCCUCGGGCUACAGGCCUUCCUUUCCCACUUGCUGCCACACGUACUUCAGGUCCUAGCUGGGGUGGAGACGUCUCAGGAGGAGACCAAGUGCUUGGGGGGGACCACAGAAGAUGAGGAGAUUGGGGAAGGGGACGAGAGUCCGGGCCCCUGUACUUUUGGUGAGGCCAUCCAAAUGGAAGGGGACUCGGGCUCAUCGGGACUGGGACUCCUAGACUACACGUCAGGCGUCAGCUUCCACGACCAGGCCGACUUGGCUGAAAGCGAGGACUUCCAGGCGGGGCUGUACGUGGCAGGGUCUCCCCAGCCUCCGGAGCCUGAGGCUCUCAGCCUGGGCCAGCUUAGCGAAAAGAGCAGCCCCAGCGAGGCGUCCCUGGGGGAAGAUCGGCCUGGGGAUGAGUCAGAGCUCCCACAGGCCAAGAGCAAUCAGGACCUGAAGCAGAGUGAGGGGUCAGAAGAGGAGGAGGAGGAGGAGGCAGAGGAAACAGCGGAGGACGAAGAGGAAGUCACUGGUCAAGGCGGGGGAGUCGGAGAGGGGGAGGAAGAUGAACAGGACAGUAGCCCGGUAGUGCCUGAGCUCCCCCUCUCAGAGACGGAUGUCACUGUGGACACUGGUUUACCAAACGAUGACGGAAAUGGGGAGGAGGAGGACAUCGCUGAUGAGUCUGAGGACAAAGAGCAGAAGAUUCUCCUGGAUACUGCAUGCAAGAUGGUCCGCUGGCUUUCAGCCAAGCUCGGCCCCACUGUCACGUCCCGCUAUGUGGCCCGGAAUCUUCUUCGCUUGCUGACCUCCUGCUAUGUUGGUGCCGCACGGCAGCAGUUUAUGGGGAGCAGCAGCGACGCGAGCCCCUUGAACUCGGGCAGCAUCUACCAGAAGCGUGUGGUGCUGGGGGAUGUGGUGUCAGCUCCCGUGCUGGGCUGUCUCAUGCACGUGGCCUGCCUUUAUGGGGAGCCUGUCCUCACCUACCAGUAUCUGCCCUACGUCAGCUACCUGGUGGCUCCUGGAGCUGGGGGAGGUCCCAGCCGCCUGAAUAGCCGGAAGGAGGCGGGGCUGCUGGCGGCUGUGACCCUGACACAGAAGAUCAUCGUGUACCUCUGUGAUACCACACUCAUGGACAUCCUGCCCCGCAUCAGCCACGAGGUCCUUCUGCCUGUGCUCAGCUCCCUGACCUCCCUCGUCACAGGGUUCCCCGGGGGUGCCCAGGCCCGGACCGUCCUGUGUGUGAAGACCAUCAGCCUGAUCGCCCUGAUCUGCCUACGCAUCGGGCAGGAGAUGGUCCAGCAGCACCUCAGCGAGACGGUGGCCAACUUCUUCCAGGUGUUCUCCCUGGUGCAUGAGCUUCAGUGCCAGGCACUGAGGCCAGAGACUCCAAGCCCAAGUGAGGGCCGUGUGCUGGAGGUGCUCUUCUCAGACGGGCAGCGGCGGGCUGUCGACCUGGCCUUGCUGGAUGAGCUGCAGAAGGUGUUUGCUCUCGAGAUGGCCUACAUGACCUACGUGCCCUUCUCCUGCCUGCUGGGUGAUGUCAUCCAAAAGAUUGUCCCCAACCACGUGCUGGUGGGGCAGCUGGCAGGGCAGUAUCUGGAGAGUGCCAGCCCAGUGGGCCAGGACCCCAUGAACUUGACGCCCAUGCCCAGUGCCUCCGCAGAGCAGGAUCCUCAAGGCAGGGGGGUAAACCAUGAUGACAGCAACUCGGGCACUUUUGGGAGCGUCCUGGUUGGGAACCGGAUCCAGAUUCCUGUAGACCCACAGCCUGAGGGUCCGGGUCCCCUAGGCCCCAGCUCAGGGGCGACUGGCUGUGUCGGGGGCCUCUUGCAGACGGGCGGGGAGGAGGAUUCUCUGAAGCGGGAUCUGCCUCGAUGUGCCCACGGACUGAGUGGAAACUGGUUGGCCUACUGGCAGUAUGAGAUUGGAGUCAGCCAGCACGAUGCCCACUUCCACUUCCACCAAAUCAGGCUGCAGAGCUUUCUGGGCCACUCAGGGGCUGUGAAGUGUGUGGCCCCCCUGGGCGGUGAGGACUUCUUCCUGAGCGGGAGCAAAGACAGGACAGUCCGGCUCUGGCCGCUCUACAACUGUGGUGAUGGCACCAGUGAGACGGCGCCACGCCUCAUCUACACCCACCAUCGCAAGAGCAUCUUCCACGUCAGCCAGUUGGAGGCAUCCCAGCAGGUCGUGAGCUGUGAUGGCACCGUCCACGUCUGGGACCCGUUCACAGGGAAGACAGUGCGGACGGUGGAGGCUUGGGACAGUCGGGUGCCCUGGACUGCUGUGGCUGUCAUGCCUGCCCCACACACCAGCAUCACCCUGGCCAGCGCGGAUUCCACCCUGCGUUUUGUGGACUGUCGGAAGCCCGGACUGCAGCAUGAGUUCCGUCUUGGGAGUGGCUUGAAUACUGGCCUCGUGCGAUCGUUGGCCGUUAGCCCCAGUGGCCGAAGUGUUGUAGCGGGCUUCUCCUCGGGCUUCAUGGUACUUCUGGACACCAGGACUGGACUUAUCCUUCGAGGGUGGCCAGCUCACGAGGGCGACAUCCUGCAGAUCAAGGCUGUGGAAGGGAGCACCCUGAUCAGCUCAUCCUCGGACCACUCCCUGACCAUCUGGAAAGAGCUGGAACAGAAGCCCACCCAUCACUACAAGUCCCCCUCAGAUCCCAUUCACACCUUCGACCUCUAUGGCAGCGAGGUGGUGACAGGCACUGUGGCCAAUAAGAUUGGCAUCUGCUCCUUGACGGAGCCCCCCUCCCAGGUCACCACCAAACUCAGCUCGGAGAACUUCCGGGGGACACUCACUAGCCUGGCUGUGUUGCCCACCAAGCGUCACCUUUUACUGGGUUCAGACAAUGGGGCCAUCCGACUUCUGGCAUAGGGGAGGGACAGAGCAGACCCAGACUGAGGAAUGUGCUCAGGAUUGGCAGACGUGGGCCUAGAUUUCUCUCUCCCAGUUUGGUGACUUCGCCCAUCUGUUUCAACACUUACCCAGCAGGUAUGGUGUUUGGGCUUCCAGGGCACAUCCCAGUCAGGCUCAGGGCCCCAGAGCUCCGUACCACCUGUGCAACACCAAAGAGAGGAGGCCCAGGACCUCCUGAAGCUUUGCCCUGGGCCUCUUGGUGUAGGGGUGGUCACAUCUUGGACUUAAGCCCUCUGGGCCAGUUUUCUACUGGGAAUAGAGGAGACGUGGGAGCCCUGGAGAGGCCUUGACCUGUGCCUUGGGUGUCGGCUGGCUGAGGGUGUCACCUCCCUGGCCCCCUCUCCCACCACGAAGCUAAGGUUGGAGGACACAGAGGCCACUCUUUAGCUGGAUCUGCCUUGCCCUGAUGAGGUUGGUGCCUCUCUGGUCCUGAAGGAGAAAGGUGGUGAUGGCCUUAGCAGGUCACGACUGUCAAGUCCUCACCUCCUUCCCUCACCAUGAGAAGAUCCUGCCACUCUGUGUACCCCAGGACAAAAGGCAGAGCGGGGCCUGAGGGGUGAGGAUGGCAGUGUCUUCAGACAGAUGGGGGCUUGGGGGGGUUUGUGAUGGGCUUCAGCCCGUAGGUGUAGUCCUGUCUGGGGCAGGCUCAGGAUGACAAUUGUUUUGUCCCAGAGACUCCUUUCUGUCCUUGUCCUAUCUGGUUUAGGACCAAUAUGGGGGAAGAGAGAGGAAAUGAGGUAACAGGAGAGUGGAGUCAAGCUUGGCUCACCAGAUAGCCAGUGAUCCUUCCAUUCAACCCCCAUCCCCAAAGAGGAUAGAGGGGAAAUCCCUCCCCUCCCGUCUCACCCUAGCAUUUUGUGCCUUGAGCUGGGGUGGCAGCUUCUGGACCCUUGCCCCAGAGGGCCCUCGGCUGUCAGACUGGGGAGAAGGUUCCCUUGGGUCCUAGGAGUAUCUCAUGGGACAGCACUCCCAGAACCCGGGGUGGGGGGGCAGGGAUGCCUCUUGGUCCCAGCCUCCCAUUAUUUGCAAUAGAUGUAAAUAUGACAAUAAACACUUUGGAAGAGCCAUGAAA